AUGCCUCACUUCGCGCACACCCCGGAAGCGCUCCUCGGCCGCAACGACUCGAAGAACCCGGCAACAACAUGCAAAGGGAUCACGUCUGCUGGGCGGCCAUGUAGACGUGCGCUGGCAGCUUCGAAGACUUCGUUGAGGGGCCGACGGAGCUCGACCAGCGCGGCUCUCGGUGGUGUUGUGGCGACUGUGGAGGAAGAUGGUGAGAUUCAAGAGGCGGACUUUUAUUGCUGGCAGCACAAGGACCAGGCUACGCAGGCAGGUCAGAACGUUCCCCCAGAGGGUGCAGCCGGAGCUGCAAGGAACUCCAAAAGACGGACUACGGAGCUGUAUUCCCUGAAGGAAAAGAGCAGCAUCGAUACUAUGGUGCAAAGACUGGGCAUUGAUGCAGCAGAUGAGGGAGCAAAGAGCAGUUGGAAGCACACGAGAAACCCAAAACCUCCAAGGAAAACUCAUACAACCGAUUUUGCUGCGGAGCAGAGGCCAAUGAGCCAGGCGCCGUACGCUGAGAAGUACAAUCUCGGAAGAGUGAAUCAGCCUCGCCCACAGCGGAGAAAGCCUGGGUUCUGGGCCAGUCUUUGCUGCAUGACGAACGCCGACGAUGAUUACGUUGAGAUCGUGCGGCAUAAGACUAGGGUGGAGCAACCGCAAAUGACACAGCCGACAGGACCCUCUUGUGCGUACGGCCAGCGGCCUGUGAGGCCAGCUCCUGCAUCUGCAGCGGUUUCGGCGCGCCAGCCAAACGCACAUGGGAGACCCUCUUCAACGACAACGUCCGCAUUACUCGCCGAGCUUACGAAGCCCAUUGGUGCAAACGACGAAGAGGGCUACAUCUACAUCUUCUGGUUAACACCGCAGUCGAAAGGUGCCCCGACGGAAUCCACAGCUCGCUCAUUGCUUUCACCACCAGAACUUUCUCGACGACCUGGUAACCAGCGAAGGAUCAGCGAUGUUAUGACCGAAUACUCCUUCGACGGCGACGAGCCCGAUUCUCUCUCGAGCAAGGUCAUUGGCAGCGACGGUCGACAGAACAAGCGCACAAUCAUGCUCAAGAUCGGCCGCGCGAGCAACAUCACCCGCCGCAUGAACGAAUGGCAACGCCAAUGCGGGUACGCUCUGAACCUCGUCCGCUGGUACCCGUACGUCUCAUCGUCGCCUCAGCUGUCUCCACAGCAAGAGCGUCGACCGCUUUAUCCUGAUCUCUCCCGCCCACCGCCUAGCCGCCGACAAAGCAGUGGUGAGGCGGUGCGGAAAGUUCCUUGUGUGAAGCGGGUGGAGAGGCUGAUCCAUCUUGAGCUGGCUGAGAGGCAGGUGAAGCGGCAGUGCACUGCGUGUGGUAAGGAGCAUAGAGAGUGGUUUGAAGUAGAGGCUUCACAGGCUGGAGUGAAGGGGGUGGAUGAGGUCGUUAGGAGGUGGGUGGGGUGGGGCGAGAGGCAGGCGACGUAG